CGCCCAUUCAAAUUGCAGCCUCCAGGGGAGUCGGCGCUGAGGUGGGCGAGUGACUGGAGAGGACCCUGGAGGUAGCGGGCCCCACAGAGGGCCGAAGUACCCGUGUGAGGAAGAGCGUGCGUGUACUUCCCCUGCGGGCUUCCGCUGCGGGUGGGAGCGAGGGAUCGCUCUUAGCUCCGGAUCCCGCUUCUGUCCCCAGAACUCCAGGUCAGCUGCAGAGGGGUCCCUGAAGGAAGGGCGCGGGGCACAGCUCGUCCAGACCCGGAGGCCGGGCUUCAGGGCCUCUGGGUCCCGCCUGCCCCCGCGGAGUCUGGCCGAGUCGCUGGCGUUGAGAGAUUUGGAAAACAUGUAUGAAAGGGCUGGAAAUCAAAUGAGGAUCCAAAGAAGAGCUUAGGUUUUUAAUAUUCUUUUAAAAAGAACUUGCUGCCAAAAUGUCAGUACAUACUAUUCAUAAUAGAAAUAACAGUGAUUGCCUGAAGGUUCCUUCUUUGCAAAAGAGUUCAUCACUGAGUGGCCUCACUGAUAGUAGCCAAUUUAAGUUGCCUUUGAAGUCAGAUAUGUCAGAAUAUGAAAAGGAUGAUCCAUUAUUGAGAUCUGCAUGUAAAAUCAGAGACUUAAAUAGCACUUAUGUUAUUUCUGCCUGUAAAACAACAGGAGAUACGCCCCUUACCACUAACCCCAUGGGUAGAUUGACACUUCAGAGAAGAGCUACAAGAAACAAAGAGUCCUCUUUGCUUAGUAGUAAGACUACAGAUACAACUGAAAAAACAGCUGAAACAAGUCUUACCUUACAGCGGCGUGCUAAACCGGUUUCUGUGGAGAAGUGGAAAACAGCUAAAGCAGAUUCUGUUGAAAAGUGGAAAACCAGGCAGAAUGUGGGAAGUGAAACAGAAAGUAAUUGUGCUUCACAGAGAACUAGGACAAAUGUAAAGAUUGUAAAUAACAAUAAAAAUUCUUUUGUUGCAUCUUCUAUACAGAUAGCUGAGAACUCAAAAGACAUUGCAUUCAUGGUUGAUCAGAAAUAUAAAGAAACAUUUUCUCCUCUCCGUGGGGGAAAUGAAAAUGUUGCGCUUAAGCACUCAAGCAGUAGUACACCCAUGGGUUCCCAGGAUCGGAGUGAGGCUGUUGGACCAGGACCACUGGCAAUGAAGCCUGUUCAGAGUAACUUGAAUAUCAAAGUGUCGGUAACAGGAAACUUACAUCCUAGUAUUGGGAAGGACAUUGCAAAAAAUUCAAGUAAAUUUGGCAACUUAGAAAAAAGAACCCCCAUGAAAUGUAUGACAGAACACAUAUCAACACCAAAGCAUGACCUGCCUCACCUUAAGAGCCCAGGUACAUCAAUACUGAAAAAUAGGACGCCUAGCCUUCAAGUUAAACAAAGACCAAAAAGUUCUCUUCUUGCAAGUAAAAGGGAAAUUUCUCAAAAAAAUGAACUCCUUAUUGAAGAAGAAACUGCAGUUCAGAACACCUCUACAGAAACAGACCCCUUAAAAGUAGAGAAUAGUCAUGUGACUGUGGCAGUACGUGUACGGCCUUUCAGCAAAAGAGAGAAGAUUGAAAAAGCAUCUCAGGUGGUCUUCAUGAAUGGGGAGGAAAUAACUGUGGAACAUCCUGACAUGAAACAAGUUUAUACAUUUAUUUAUAAUGUUUCAUUCUGGUCUUUUGAUGAAUGUCAUCCUCACUAUGCCAGCCAGAUGACUGUCUAUGAGACACUGGCGGCACCACUUCUAGAAAGAGCCUUUGAAGGCUACAACACCUGUCUCUUUGCUUAUGGUCAGACUGGCUCUGGAAAGUCAUACACAAUGAUGGGAUUUAGUGAAGAACCAGGAAUAAUUCCAAGAUUUUGUGAAGAUCUUUUUGCUCAAGUAGCCAAAAAACAAACUGAAGAGGUCAGCUAUCAUUUUGAAAUGAGCUUCUUUGAAGUAUAUAAUGAAAAAAUUCAUGACCUUCUGGUUUGUAAAGGUGAAAAUGGGCAGAGAAAGCAACCGCUGAGAGUAAGGGAGCAUCCUGUUUCUGGACCAUUUGUUGAAGCUCUGUCAAUGAAUGUUAUUAGUUCUUAUUCCGAUAUUCAGAGUUGGCUGCAAUUGGGAAAUAAACAGAGAGCAACUGCUGCUACUGGUAUGAAUGAUAAAAGUUCCCGUUCUCAUUCAGUUUUUACCCUGGUGAUGACCCAGACCAAGACAGAAAUUGUGGAAGGGGAAGAACAUGAUCACAGAAUUACAAGCCGCAUAAAUCUGGUAGAUCUGGCAGGCAGUGAGCGCUGUUCUGCAUCCCACACUAGUGGAGAUCGACUAAAGGAAGGUGUGAGCAUUAACAAGUCCUUGCUAACUUUGGGAAAGGUUAUAUCUGCACUUUCUGAACAAGCAAACCGAAAGAGGGUUUUUAUUCCUUAUCGUGAAUCUGUUCUUACAUGGUUAUUAAAAGAGAGUCUGGGUGGAAAUUCAAAAACUGCAAUGAUUGCUACAAUCAGUCCUGCUGCCAGCAACAUAGAGGAAACAUUAAGCACACUUAGAUAUGCUAACCAAGCUCGUUUGAUAGUCAACAUCGCUAGAGUAAAUGAAGACAUGAAUGCCAAGUUAAUUAGAGAAUUGAAAGCAGAAAUUGAAAAGCUAAAAGCUGCUCAGAGAAACAAUCUGAAUAUUGACCCUGAACGAUACAGGCUUUGUCGGCAAGAAAUCACAUCUUUACGCAUGAAACUCCAUCAGCAGGAGAGAGACAUGGCAGAAAUGCAGAGAGUAUGGAAAGAAAAGUUUGAACAAGCUGAAAAAAGAAAACUUCAAGAAACAAAGGAGUUACAGAAAGCAGGAAUUACAUUUCAAAUGGACAACCAUUUGCCAAACCUUGUUAAUCUCAAUGAGGAUCCACAACUAUCUGAGAUGCUGCUAUAUAUGAUAAAGGAAGGAACAACAACAGUUGGAAAGUAUAAACCAAACUCAAGCCAUGAUAUUCAGUUAUCGGGGGUGCUGAUUGCUGAUGAUCAUUGUACUGUCAAAAAUUUUGGAGGGACAGUAAGCAUUAUCCCAGUUGGUGAAGCAAAGACAUUUGUGAAUGGAAAACAUAUUUUGGAACCCACAGUGUUACAUCAUGGUGAUCGGGUGAUUCUUGGUGGAGAUCAUUAUUUUAGAUUUAAUCACCCAGCUGAAGUCCAGAAAGGGAAAAGGCCAUCUAGUAGAGAUACUCUUAUAAACGAGGGUCCUAAAGACUUUGAAUUUGCCAAAAAUGAGUUACUCAUGGCACAGAGAUCACAACUUGAGGCAGAAAUAAAAGAAGCACAGUUGAAGGCAAAGGAAGAAAUGAUGCAAGGAAUCCAAAUUGCAAAAGAAAUGGCUCAGCAAGAACUUUCUUCUCAAAAAUCUGCAUAUGAAAGCAAAAUACGAGCACUAGAAGCAGAACUGAGAGAAGAGUCUCAAAGGAAGAAAAUGCAGGAAAUAAAUAACCAAAAGGCUAAUGACAAAAUUGAAGAAUUAGAAAAGACAAAGCUGCAUCUUGAACAGGAAGUAUGUGUCAAUAAAAAACGAUUAGAAAUGGAAACUUUGGCUACGAAGCAGGCUUUAGAAGACCACAGGAUCCGUCAUGCAAAAAUUCUGGAAGCUUUAGAAGCUGAAAAGCAAAAAAUUGCUAAGGAAGUACAGAUUCUACAGCAGAAUCGGAGUAACAGGGAUAAAACUUUUACAAUUCAGCCAAAUUGGAGCUCCAUGAAAGUCUCAAUGAUGAUUCAGGAAGCGAAUGCCAUCAGCGGCAAGUUAAAAAAACACUAUGUUUUUGGCAGACAUGAUGCAUCAGAUAAAGGUAGUUCUGAGACUUCUAUUCGAGUUCGUAACCUGCAGCUUGGGGUGUCAACUUUCUGGAGUCUCGAAAAGUUUGAAUAUAAACUUGCAGCAAUGAAAGAACUUUAUGAGAAUAAUGGUAGUAACAAAGGUGAUGAUAUUUUUUGUGAUCCUGAAGAUGAAUGGGAACCUGAUAUUACAAAUGCACCAGUUUCUUCAUUUUCUAGAAGGAGGAGCAGGAGUUUGAUGAAGAAUAGAAGAAUUUCUGAUUGUUUACAUGAUAUACAAGUCCACCAAAUUCAUAAUCUGUCUUCUUCACAUUCAUCAGGUUUAAUGGAGAAAUCAAGCACCAUUUACUCAACUUCAGCAGAAUCAUUUCUUCCUGGAAUAUGCAAAGAAUUGAUUGGUUCAUCAGUGGAUUUUCUUAGAUACAGUUUUGAUGAAGAAAAAACUAUAGCAGAUAGCCUGAUGAGUAAACUUCUAAAAAUUUAUAAUGGGCUGCUUGUCAUCUCCAAAGCUCAUGAAGAACAAGAUGAAGAAAGUCAAGAUAACUUGUUCUCUUCUGAUCGAGCAGUCCAGUCACUUACCAUCCAGAUUGCUUGUGCUUUUGAACAACUUGUGGUUUUAAUCAAACACUGGGUGAACGAUUUUCUACCUUCUACCAGCAUAGCAAAACUGGAAGAUGAAUUGAGACAAGAAGUUAAAGAACUGGGAAGCUACUUACAGUUAUUUUUGCAGGGAUGCUGUUCGGAUAUUCCAUCCAUGGUAAAAGAGGCUCAAAAGAAAGUGAUCCAAAGUAUACAACAGGCUGUUAAGUAUGUGGGAAAAUUAGCAGUUCUAAAAGGGAACAAGCUGUAUUUUCUGGAAAACAGUAACAACAAGGCUGCCAGUGGCCAGGAGGAAUUCAUGGAUGUUAUUUGUGAUAGUGUAGGCUCAGGAAUGAAGAUUCUGUUAGAUUCUGGACUGGAAAAAACAAAAGAACUUCAGCAAGACCUCUUAAGGCAUUGUGCACAAAAUGAGGUUACCAAACAGAUGAAAGCAAAUGCCAUGGGAUUAAUCAAAUCUCUUGAAAAUAUCUUUUCUGAAUGGAAAACAAAAAGCUUCAGAACUCAAGUACAAGAAGACGAUUCUGGAUACCAAGAUUCCAAGAAGAUAACUGAUCUUGCCCUAAAAUUCCUGAACUUAAACCACUGCUUAGAGAAAAUCAUGCAAAUUAUUAUUUCUGCACUGACAGGAUGCUACAGCGAUGUGCAUCUCCUCAAGAAUUGUGUUGAAACGAUUUGCAGCUUGGUCAGUGAUCUUUGCAGUGACUUCAGUGAGCCCUCCACUUCUUUUGACUGCUGUGAGAAGAAAAUUUCUCAAGUUGGCCACAGGGAACUAGAAUCUCUAGCUAAGUCACUCCUCCUAUGUUUUGAAUCUGAAGAAAGACUUGAUUUGUUCAAAUCCUGGGAAUCUUAUAAUCAAGAUACCAGAGGAGAAGAAAAAGAAGAAUCUAAUUCAAGCUGGCCUGGCUGCAGUAGGAAUAAAGGUGUACCGAAGCGUGUCUAUGAACUGCGUGAGGCGUCCCCAGCAGUGAGCUCUGGGGUAUGCACACCCAGUAGGAUUCAGUGGGUGUGACUGGCAUGAAAAAAGAACAGUUAGUAGGCAAUUUUCCUUAUGCAGGAGAACAUAAAAAGAAAUCAGUGUGAUUAUUUCAGUGAAGUCCAUGUGUUUUGGUGGCCUUACAUUGGCUAUGAACAGCAUAAGGAUUACAGAAUCCUGGUUUCAAAAUUUCUGAAUGUGCCCUCAGAAAUUUCUUAGCAGACAGUUUUAAACAGGGUAUUUAAUAUAUAAGGAUAUUGAGGCAACAGAAUGAAAUCUAGGAUUCAGGAUGAAGUGAAUGGUCACAUCUCCAGUAUCUCAUUGUCUUGAAUUUUAAAUGUUUGUCUUUAACAUUGAUGUGCUAUCUCUGGCUAGUUUGUCAGUCUGUUUGCAGAUAGUUUUUUUCUUUCUUUCUUUCUUUUUUUUUUGGUACUGGGGAUCGAACUCGGGUCCUUUCACUUUCGGGGCAGUCGGCAGAACCACUGAGCUAAAUCCCUGGCCCGCAGAUAGUUUUUUUCUUAUGAACAGAAACCUGAAUAGUCAGUUACCUUUGUUUCUGUGCCUUCUCUGCAAAUAGGUUGGAUAGGGGUUAUGAUAAGAUUGCCAAGUUUAAGUAAUACAGCUUACUUGGCAUUGUUAAAUCUAAAACUUUUUUUCUGAAGGCUUAACUGAUUUGCCAUUUUGAGUCAUACAUUGAAGGCACAAUUUUCUGCUUCUUUCCAAAUUAUUAUAUGUAAUUACCUAAAUGUAGUAUAACUAUAUAUUAAUACUAUGACUUUCUGGCAUAAUAGUUUACUGUGUUAUCUAUGUUUUAUACUAGGGAUGUAUGAAUAUAAUUUAAAAGUAAUUAAAUGUUGCCAAAAUCAUACCUGAGAGAGAUGAGAGGCUGGCCCUUUUCUUAAUGGUGGUUGUUUUGUUAAAGGUGUAAUAAAAAAGUUUGUAUAUAAUUUAAUGGAGAUUAAAGAUCCUUAUUAUAGUUCACAGCUUUAAAAACCUUUAUCUGUGAUCAUGUAAUAAAGAUAAUAGUCUACUCACAGGAUCUUACAUUACAGAAAUAGUUUGACAUUUUUAUCUCAAGAAUAUGUGUAAUUUGAAAAGAUGUGUAAUUUGAUGUCUACUUAGGUGACAUCAAGCAAUUCCCGAAGAAGCAUUCUUUGAAAUAAUCUGAUGCUUUUCAUUUACCCUUUUCACCCCUGGAUACUACAUGUAUAUUUGAUAUAAGUAGUUGAAAUUGGGUGUUAGUGCCUUGAGUAAUCUUGGUAUUUCCUUGUCAGGGAGAGAUUGUAAAUACUGGUCAUGGUAGAACAGUAUUGAUGAACCAGGUGGAAUAUUUUACAGUGAUUUAAAAUGGUACAGUGUAGCAAAUUUGCUUUCAUUUUCUUUUUUCUUUUAAUUUUAGUAUUUGAGGUUGUAUUCUUUCUGAAGUUCUAUAUAGCUUGCUCCCACCUCUUUUUAGUUGGUUAUGCCUGGGAUAAAAACACAAGUUUUGGACAUAUUUUUUACACAUUUGGAAUAUGAAUCUCAGGCUGCUAAGUAAUUACAUGACCUUAGACAAGUUACUUAGUCUUCAUUCCUAAUUCCUCAUUUUCAGAAAGAAAAAAAUACCACUUCAUGGACUAUGUCUAUGAGUACUAUAUGAGACAAAUGUGGGAAUAACUCCUUAUGAGUAAUAGACUAUUAGUUAAUGUUAGUGUAUCUUUUUCCUUCCAUUAUUAGCUAUAAAACCUUUGUUAUGUGUACAAGAUGACACUUGGUGCAAGCAUAUGCCGAUGUACCAAAUUGUAUUGCAAUCCUUUGAACAUGCUUAUUUGAAAAUACAUCUACCAACACUUUGUUCCAUAAUAUGAAACUGAUGAUAGAUAAGUGAAAAGUAUCUCAUUAUUAUUAAGUGAGAUAUAGUAUGGUGUGGGUGUGUCUUUCAUGAGGUUCAUCUGAAACUUUUAGAAAAAGUGUUUUGUGUAGUUAGCUAACUAGGAUAUGUGAAUUUGCAGAAUGUACCUGUUAUACCAAUAGUCAUGUUAAAGAGGUUAAUGUGAGUCAGGGAUGGUGGUACAUGCGUGUGUUCCUGGUGCUUAGGAGGUUGAGGCAGGAAUGUUAUGG